AUGGCUGCAUCCGGAGAGAAGACCGCCAACCCCAUGAAGGAGCUUAAAAUCCAGAAGCUCGUUCUCAACAUCUCCGUCGGAGAAUCUGGUGACAGACUUACCCGUGCUGCCAAAGUUUUGGAACAAUUGAGUGGUCAAACCCCAGUUUACAGCAAGGCCAGAUACACCGUCCGUACCUUCGGUAUCCGUCGUAACGAAAAGAUCGCUGUUCACGUCACCGUCCGUGGCCCAAAGGCUGAGGAAAUUUUGGAGCGUGGAUUGAAGGUCAAGGAAUAUGAGCUCCGCAAGCGCAACUUCUCCGAGACCGGUAACUUCGGUUUCGGUAUCUCUGAACACAUCGAUCUCGGUAUCAAGUACGACCCUGCGAUCGGUAUUUACGGAAUGGACUUCUACGCCUGCAUGACCCGCCCAGGUGAGCGUGUUGCCAAGCGUCGUCGCUGCAAGACCUCCAUCGGUGCCAACCACAAGAUCAAGCGUGAUGAGACCGUCAAAUUAUAUGGUUCAAGAACCGUUUCGAGGGUAUCGUCAGAUAAGCGUUUCAAUCAAAAAAAAUAUGGCAUGGGCUUCGAGUGUAUCGAUUCGGCGAGUUCUUUAGGAUUUUGUCGUAACGUGGGCUUAUGGAGUUAUUGA